CUUUUUUAUUCAAGCAAAUACAUAUUUCACUUCUUGAUACCUUGCAGCCGCAAAUAUGCACUUCAAUCAAAUCCUCCCUUACAUCGUGGUCUCUGCCACUGCUGCAGUUGCCGAACUGAUCCCCGUCGGGCCAAUUGCAACAGUCUAUGCGCACGCAAACUUCGAGGGACGCCAUUUCAGCGUAGGCACAGUCGGCCAAUGUGUACAGCUUCCUAACGACAUCGUCGGCCAUGUGGGCUCAGUGAGGCUGCAGCAAUUCCCCCAGCCCUUCUACGUAGCCUGCGCUCUUUACUCAAACGACUACUGCCAAGACCCAGCAGCCUCCGUCAUCUAUUACGCCACGGCAUUAUUCAACAAUUCCCAACUCCCGGAUACACGCGCUCGGUCGAUUGCUUGCAAGCUCAACCAGAAUUCGCCUUGAAAACACCAAUUGGAAAUAAACACUGUACGCAUGAAAAGGCGUGCUGCUAUAAUUCUUCGUGGGAUGAGAUUAGGGGGGAUGAUUGGCUGUAAUUUCCUUGCAAGGAGCGCGUGAUCUUAUGACCUUGAAAUCGAAAGCAUGAGGUGAGCUGGUCUGGCUCAGGAGGUGGGAUGCUACCCAAUGAUACAAUUUAAUUAAUUAUACUUUUUUUUCUUUCCUG